AUGGCGCAGAACUCAUCUCGCACGGCAGCGCGCAACCUGUACAAGCAGAUGAUCUGGGUGGGGCGAGACUACCCUGCGGGGCUGGAUAAACUGCGGCCGGGUGCCAAGCGGGCCUUCUUCGCCACCAAGGACGAAACCGACCCUGAGAAGAUCGACCAAGCCUUCCGGCGUGGCGAGUACAUAUUACAGGAGCUGGAGGCGCUGGUGAAGCUGCACAAGUAUCGCACCCUGCGAAAGCAGUACAACCCCGAUCGCGAGGACGAGAUGGUAGCAUCCGAGUUCGAGAAGUUCAAAGAGAAAGCCGAGGCUCCAUUGCCAUCGGGCUUCUAG